AUGUCGCUGUUCAGCGGAGACAAUGAGAUCGGGAACAUCCUGCAGCAGGCUGUCAAGCUGAAAUCUGCGCAGAUGAACGAGAAACGAAAAACUUACGAGACUCGACCCUUCUUUGUGCAACAUACGCUCUUUCAUGGAGAGAAGGAGGACUUUAAGGCUUGGAGACAGCUUCCAUUUGAUGAGAAGAAGGUGAUCUCUGAGAGGCUGAAAGAGGAGGGCAACGAUCUCUUCAAGAAGGGAUCCUGGAUGGAUGCAGUGGAGAAGUACGAGGAGGCGGCAUCUUUGGUGCACUACUACUGGAGCACCGAUGCCAACUGGCGGAAGAACAACCGGGGCAUCGAUGAUGAUGUGCUGAAGCUAGUCGACGACUUGGGCGGCACAGAGGAGGACGCACGGUGGCAGCGGAAGCACCGCGCCCUGUGCGCCCUAAAUCUGGCAGCGUGCAAGCAGAAGCUGGACAAGUUCGACGAGGCUAUCAUCGCUUGUGACGUGACUCUCGAGCUCGACCCAGAUAAUGUGAAAGCGCUCUACCGGCGGGCAGAGUCACGCAUUAGGCCCACAAAGGCAACCGCCUACGACCACGACAUUGCCAUCAAGGACCUAGCAAAGGCCAACGCGCUCGAUCCCAGCAACCAGACUGUCGAGCGGCUUUUGGUCAGGCUUCGAGGCGAACGCCGGGUGCAAAGAGAAAAGGACGCUAAGACCUACACCGGGCUGUUCGACCGGGGCCAGAUCUACGACAAGGUGGCUCAGGAGGCGAGGCUUGCGAAGGCCUCCACAAAGACGGGGGGCUCCUUGCUCGCCUCAGGGGCCACCUAUGAAGACCUCGAACAGAGGAUCUCGGAAAUCUCAGAUCAGGAUCCCAUCGAGAAGCGGAUCCAAGAUGCAGAGCUCCUGCGCGACCUCUAUGUCAGGAAUGGCAAGGAGGACGAGGCGCGGCAGCUCAAUGACCAGAUCAAGCAGGCCAAGAAGGUCGUGAAGGACAACGUCGAGCAGCCAAAGAUCGACUGGUCCAAUCCUCCUCCGGAGCUGGUGGAGGAUGCCAAGAAGCAUGGCCUCGACCUGACCGAUCCGGUGGUUCUCCAAGAGCUGAAGCGCAUGGAGCGGGAGGGCUUUGACAAGACGGCCAAUGAGGAGCCUUCAGGUCCAAGCCACGCCCAGUGCCCUGCAGAGGAGGAGGAGGAGGAAGACUCGGCUGAACCCAUCCCCUGGAAAAGGUACUUUGUGUUCUUUGCAGUGGUGUACGUGUUCUGGUGCUUAGUGGACGUGGCCAUACUGAACCUGGCGCCAAAGCGUCCGCGCCCUCGGCCACCUCCACCACCGCCUCCACCACCAGCCCGGCCAAUUUCUGUCGAAGGCCACGCUCGGGCCGACGAGCCGGUGCUGGAGGAGGCGGUCACGGAAGAGACCGAAGCGGACGCACAUCCUCCAGAGUUCCGGGAACUUGAUGAGGAGGAGGAGGCCCCAGCACGGCCAUCUCCAGGGUACUUUGCUUCCGUGUACGAGGCGAUAGCGCCCUGGAUAUUGGGUGAGGCAGAUGAGACAGAGCUGUAG